CCGACUUUGCUGAUGUCGCGAGUGCCUCGACCUCCAUGGCCGAGACAUGGAUCCAGGAGAUGAUCGCGGCUGGUCUCGCGAGCGGGCACAUCCUCAACUACGAUUACAUCCAGGCUACAUCCACCGAAGAGCCAGCCCCCAUCGGAUCCGUCGCUGCAGCACUGGGUGUCUCAUCGACAGGCUCGACACCCGCUUCAUCCUCUUCCUCUGUAGAUGCGAGCAGCGUCGUGGCCUCUAGCACCUCUUCUUCUCUCGCCGACACAGCUACCUCGGCUGUGGCAACUACCUCUGUAUCAGCAGCGAGCGAGGCCACCUCCACGGUCGAGGCCAGCACUGCCUCGGUGCCUGAAGAGACGGCCACUCCUACAGCCGAGCCUACCACUAGGAGAUGUAACCGGAAGCGGGCCCGUGAGUUCUCAGGGUAGAUGACAGGACAUUGACCAAUUCAUUCAUUACUUUCUCUUUCUAUCCUUCAAAGACAUUUCUGGAUAUUCUUUUUCUUCCUUCUUUUUCACCCUGCAUGGAUUGGGGGGGGGGGGAUCAAUUUUACCUAACGAACUGCAUGAGGCGUUCAUUCGAGCUGUGAAGUAGGACUUCGCCUCAUCUUGUCUUUCUCUGUAUAUAUUCAACAUAUUUCAAAUCAAAAAAGUCGUAGCUACGUCUACGCCAGAC